ACACAGUCACUACCUCCGUAAGGAAGUGAAUUUUCUGAAAGUGCACAGGUAGGGCAGUGAGUGCAAAUUCACUCGGCAAGAAAUGUAGCUCUGACUCAAAAUCCGUGGAGAUCCGUGGUAUAUUCGGGAAGAAUUUAACCAAUCAAACUAACUUUGAAGUAGCAACUGUUUUAAGAACAAAUGGAAUUCAGGGUAAAUAUUUUGUGGCGUGAACAACGUUGGCUUUCACAAGAGGUAAACAUUCAAAUAAGAAACCCUUUAACCAUUUGCGAAAGUAAAAUUAGAAUAUUUUCUGUGGUAUGUUUUGCAUAAAUUUCACUGUGAAAUGUGUUCCGAUUUCUGAGAUUUAUGAUAAGUUGCCAAAAGCCUCGUAUGAGAUGCCACGCAGGCAUUGCUAUUACACAGUUGAGCAUUACAGUUGUACAGAGAACGAACUGCUUCAUUGUCUAGCGCGUUCAUUUUUAUUUAAGGAACUUAACUUAAACAAAGGGUGUUAAAAGAAAGACGAUGAAGGUUAGAAAAUAUUUCCGAGGUAGUGGCAGAGUACUUGGUUUCGUGUUCAUUGCCUCUGUCAUAUGGCUUCUCUUUGACAUGGCAGCACUUAAGCUUUCAAUCAAUGACGUUAACAGUCAGCUCUUGAAAGAAAUUAUUGUAAAACAAAGGGAGGCGGGCAAACAACAGACCCUGAAGCGAGCAAAUGUAAUGAAUCGGGAAGGAUUUAAACACUCAAUUCAGAAAGUUGAUCGGGACUUGGAAACAGAGUUGAACUUUUCAAACAAAGAUGGUAACAACGUAAAUGUUUUAAACAGAAAACGAAACAUUGGGCCGGCAAUUAAGGACAAUAAAUUUAAUUCACAGAUAAAAAGAAAAGAAAUUGAAGUUAAUAAAAUUGAGGACGGAAAAUCUGUACUUGCAAUGAAUGACGAAAAACUGAUUAACAAAAUGAACGUUAAAACGGCGAAUUUUCAGGCAAUUCUUAACACCAAAACACCCAUCCGUGGAACUGCAGUAAUGCUGAAAAACAAGUAUGGCACAGAACCCACAAAGCAGGAUUUGCCAGCGCCAACUUUAUCGUUCAACAGAAGUGAAUUAUUACAAAAUGCCCCCAGGCAGAUGCCAGUUGAGCUACCAAAUUUGACGAAAGCGCCACCUGGCGCGCAGGAAGAAAAAGGCCAAAACCGUGAUGAGGAUUUUGCUGAGCAAACGAAUGAAAUUAUAUCAAAUAAGGCUUCCAAGACUCAGAACAAAGUCGUCGAUAACACGCUACAUGAAGAACAACACAGUACUCCCACAGACACAAAACAGGAGGCAAAACCAAUUAAGUCUGAAAAAGAGAACUUAAAGGAAAAGGAAAAUAUAGUCAACCUGGUCAACAAACAGAAUAAUGCGCUCAGCAAGACUGACCCUGACAAAAUGAAACACCAAGUGCAAACAACACCACAAUCAGUGGUCCCUCAGAGAGUGGAAAUCAAAGUGAACUUCUCACGGGUGCGAAAAUCGGUCUUGCGCAGUGUGAUGCAGAUGGAUAUGACCCAAAAGCCGAGGGACAAAGGCGCCAUUGGGCAGUUUGGACUACCCGCUGUCGUGCCUGUUGACAAGCAGGAAGAGAUGCGUGGACGGUGGAGUGAGGGCCAUUUUAACGUCUACCUGAGUGAGCAGAUUCCAGUGGACCGGGCUAUACCAGAUACCAGACCUCAAGCGUGCUCAGAGAAUCUGGUUCAUGACGACCUGCCCACGACCAGUGUGAUCUUCUGCUUUGUGGAUGAGGUAUGGUCCACCCUGCUGAGGUCUGUCCACAGUGUUCUCAACCGCUCCCCACCACACCUUCUGAAAGAAAUCAUUCUGGUGGAUGACUUCAGCUCCAAAGACUACCUCAAGGACAGUCUAGACGUGUACAUGUCACAGUUUCCCAAAGUACGGAUUGUCCGACUGAAGGAGAGACAGGGUCUUAUCCGAGCCAGAUUGGCGGGAGCCGCUGUUGCUACCGGUGAAGUUUUAACUUUCCUUGACUCGCACAUUGAGUGCAACGUGGGCUGGCUGGAGCCUCUGUUGGAUAGAGUAUAUAUGGACAGGAGAAAAGUAGCCUGCCCUGUUAUUGAAGUCAUUAAUGACAAAGACAUGAGUUAUGUGCUAGUUGACAAUUUCCAAAGAGGCAUAUUCAAAUGGCCCCUGGUUUUCAGCUGGAGUACUCUAUCAGAGGAAGUCAUCAAAAGGGAUAAACUGAAGGAUUCUGACCCAAUCAGGUGUCCAGUCAUGGCGGGAGGCCUUUUCUCUAUUGACAGAAAGUACUUCUAUGAAUUAGGGACCUAUGACCCAGGCCUAGAUGUUUGGGGUGGAGAAAACAUGGAACUGUCUUUCAAGAUUUGGAUGUGCGGAGGAGAGAUCGAGAUAAUCCCUUGCUCCAGGGUGGGCCACAUCUUUCGCUCUGAGAACCCCUACAAGUUCCCAAAGGAUAAACAGAAAACUGUGGAGCGGAACCUGGCUCGGGUGGCUGAGGUCUGGCUGGACGAGUACAAGGAAGUGUUCUAUGGUCAUGGAUACCACCAUCUUCUGGACAAGAGAAUCAUUGACAUUGGAAACCUUACUGAGCAGAUCCAGCUUAGACAGAAGCUGCAAUGCAAGAGUUUCAGAUGGUACCUGGAAAAUGUGUACCCAGAAAUCAACGCCCCCCCUGUUCGUGCACAGGGAUUGAUUUUCAAUCUUGGAGCAAGAAAAUGCUUGGCUCUGGAGAAAGGCAUCCUCUCUUUUGACGUCUGUGAUCUUAGCAAGCAGAGUCAGCUCUUCAACCAUACGUGGAUUAGGCAUCUCCAGCAGCAGCAGUCCUGCAUCGGAGUGCUCAGUUUGAGAGCGGGCGUGACCGUGGAGCCAUGCGACAUCACUAAUUCCAACCUGCGCUGGCGUCAUAAAUCACUUAUCCUCACCGCUAAUUUGGUGGACCACUUAAUUGUGCAGAGCAUUGCGAAGCGCACAUGUUUGGAAGCUGGCGUCCAAAGCGAGGGCCUUCACCUGAAUGACUGUGACGCAAGCAACCAGUUUCAGAAGUGGCACUUCACACACUACUACGCACAGUGACCAGGACCAAAGACACAGGCCUAGCCUGUAGAGACUUAAAGCCAUGAACCUUGUCAUUAUCCACUCCUCCAGGCCUGCCUUUCAGAAUAAGGUUUAUAUUAAUGCUGCUUGCAAUGUUAAUAAUGCAUGGUGAUGUGUGUGUGUGUGUGUGUGUGUGUGUGUGCGUGCGUGCGUGUGUGUGUGUGUGUGUGUGUGUAAUAUAUUCGUGGCAGGUGGGCAGUCUUAAUAUUUUUUUUACCUUUCUACCUUUUUUCUUUUUCUAUUGUGCAUCUUGAAGACUUAAAAACAGGGUAUAAUGAACUCAAAGUAACUGCUACAUUGUGUAACACACAUCAGUUACAAUGACCCUUUAGCUGUGGUUAUUUACUCAUACAUAGUCGCGAUGGCAGAUGUAAUUAUAUUAUUAAUGGAAGGAGUGCUGGAUAAGUCUGCUGCUAAACAACAGUGAUGGGAUAAAUUGAACCCCAUAAUGGCUGGAGCUAAGGUAUACUGGCAAAUCAUUGAUCCAUGUGAAAAACAAUAUUGCUGAUCACUUAAAUUAGUGCACCGUUGAUGAUAUGCUGCAGUGCCACCAUUUUGGGGUUCACAAAGACUCCCUCCCCACUUUGGAAUAUCACUCCAAGCUCAUCCUGACAAUGUUCACAUUCAUAAUGCUGGACCGACGAGAACUGGAGUCCCCCUUUCUCCACUCCAUGGCUUGUGAUUAGUUAGGUUACAUUAAGGAAAAAUGUGAAUUUGUGUUCAAAGAGAGUUCAUUGUAUAUACUUUGGAUGUAUGUAAACUGUGGGCACACAUUUGUAACAAAAACAAUGCAUUUUUUCCUCAUAGUCGGUACAGUUUUUUUAUCAUACACAAAGGUACAUUUUUGUCCUACACUGACAAAAUUUCCCAAAUGUACCCUGAAAGUGCAGUAAUGAUCUCUUUGGGUACAAAUGAGUACAUUUUCUAAGCAAAAAAGGUACAAAUCAAUUGUAUAUUGUUGGCUAGCUGUACAAUUUUAUGCACCUAAAGGGUACCGCCCCAGCUAAACAUUUGUAGGUUUUUCGGCAGAGUGCACAUAUGCAAGGGAAUUAUGGUUAGGUUUUGGUUAUGUUUCUCGUACAUAUUUCUGUUCUGAAUUGGAAUGUUUUGUUUGUUCUCAUUAGUAUAAAAACGGUUAAAGAGCAGUGGCAAAUGGGAAUUUACUGCUUUUUUCCAUAGGUAACUUUUAUCUGCACUUUCUUUUUUUAUCACACUGAGGGUCAAGGUGCUGUCAUUACAACAAUAAGCCUUAUUUUUCUUUGUUUUGUGACUUUAAUAAAAUAUGCCAAAGUCAUGUGAUGUGCCAAAUUCAGGUUAUAUACUGUAGUUAUAUUGAAAAUACAUUGAUAAGCAUGCAUGCUAUUUUUGAGAUGUUCUACAAUACAACCCUGUUGUGAAGUAAAUUAAUACAGUUUGUUAAAGGUAAAUGAUGCAUUUUCUUUUCAUUCAUUAUAUUGUGAGUACUGUGAAAGUUUCUGGUGAACGAGUACUUCUUGAAAUCUUCAUGAAAUAAAGUUCUUUAAUUAGAUCUA